AUGCCAAAAGCACCCAAUGGAUUGUCAACAUUUUCGGGUGUCUUCGCUCCUGUUACAAUUUCAAUGUUUUCUGCAUUGCUUUUUCUUCGAAUGGGCUUUUCUGCUGGUCAACUUGGAUUUGUUUUAACUGUUGUGGAAUUGUUUAUGGCUUAUGGUAUAAUUUUGUUAACUGUCCUUUCUCUUUGUGCUGUUUCUUCUAAUGGAGCUGUUGAGGGUGGAGGAGUUUAUUAUAUGAUAAGUAGAACUCUUGGCCCAGAAUUUGGAGGAAGUGUUGGUCUUCUAUUUUUUAUGGCAAAUGUAUUUUCUUGUGCUCUAUAUAUUGCUGGAUUUACUGAAGCUUUAACUAAUGUUACAGGUUUUUUAAUUUAA